UUACCUGUAUUGAGAGAUUUCCGCUUCAUUGCCGCUUAGAUCAGGUGUCUAUCCCCCUGGGAUAAUGUUUAUCUACCCGUACCCGGAAGUACAGGACGAAAACACCGCCUCACUACAUGGGAAAAAAAGUUGACGUACUGAAUUACGUGGGAAUCGAAACGACAAGAGCUUGUGAAUGAAAUGUUACUUAAUUAAGUGUCGACUCACCUAGAGCAGGGGAUCUUUAAAGAUUAAGGAACUUAAAAACAAACACGCCUCUCCUUACGCAAGAGUUCCACACGUAAUCAGAGGCGCCUGAACAUCUAACAAAAAUGCGUAGGAAGAAGUUAUGAGAUUGUCCCAUAUCCUGGUGAGAAAGUGACACGCAGGCAUGGACCUCGGAUAUAUAAUCGGUUUGGUCAUUCUAGGACUUUUUGUCAUCAUACUGAUUGUAGCCAUCGUGCUGUUGACUAUAUACUUUUUACGGCGACUCAAACGUCAAAAUGAUAAAAUAUCAAAAAUUGAAAGAACUUUAAAAGAAAAUGACACGCCAUUAAGAAAUCUAUCAUCAAAAUGUCCAGACCGACCUCAGACCGAUAGUGCGGUCGACGUCAGCGAAUUGGAUAGCACUCUCAAUUCUCGACAUUACAGAAUUAUGGAAUCGGUGAACAACAGAAAAUCCCUGAUCAGCAUCAUUGCACGUCACAGUGUCUAUAAUGUAAUUUCAGAACCACACCGAGCACCCCCUCUUCCUUCACAAGUGGUAGAUCUGACCCAAAUCACAGAAAACAAUCCAACAAACGAGAAAACUACUGCAGACGACAUAAAAAUAAGUACAAGUUUCUCAGACAAUUUCAUGAAGGAAUUUGAGGGAUAUAUAAAGCAAAAUAAAGUUCAAGGUCGCCCGACGUCCUUUCUCGUGAAAUCGGAGGUUGAACUUGAUAAAAGUAAGUACGAACAGGGCAUGUUCGUGCACAAAGAAAUAGACAUGAAUGGAGGGGAAAUCAAAGUCUCUGGUGUGAGGCUCAAAAUUCCUAAAGGUGCUCUGGAGAAGAGAACGACCAUAACCCUCGGAAUUACAUGGGAGAAAAAAUUGUUUCCCGAUUUACAAAAACGAGAGGCACUUCUCAGCCCCCUAAUUGUCUGCCAACCAUCACUGACUUUCAAGAAACCAGUGGAACUCGCCUUUCCGCACUGUGCGGACAAAAUAGAAAGCAACUGGAAGUGGAAAAUCAUAAAGAGAAACGGUGAUAUUACGCAGCACUGCUCUUGGAGUGAUAUCACGCUUGAAGAUUACGAGGAACGUCACGUAGGGAAAUUUUCCGUCACGGUACAUCUACAUCAUUUUACUCUCUUUACCCUGAUUGGAACAUCUCGAGAGAACCGUGUUGCAGCGAAAGCCGUCCAAAUUGUAGCAUUCUCAACGGUUCUUCAGAGAGCUUCCCUAUUUACUUCAAAACUAUAUUGCAUAAAUGAUUAUGGGAGAGACAUUACGGAAAUUAAAGGAAAAGAAAACGAAGUGAAACGGGUGAUGGUUGACAGCCCGGUUCCUCUGCUUGUUUACGACAAUGGAGAAAACUUGAUGAUGGAGCAAAUAAAAGAACCAGAGGAUUGGAAACUAAUGGGGAAGAAAUCAGUGGAACUGGAUUUUGAGUUGGCGUGGCAUUCCUGCAAUCCAAACUGUGCAUUUGCUUACAAACCACAGUCCAAUGAUAUUAGAGAAAUUGCUGUGGAGUACACAUGUCAUCAGAUCAAACAGGAAGCAAAGAAAUCCAGCAUCCAAGUCAUAGCUGAAGCGCCUAAGUUUCUUCCGACCCCAUUUGACGAGAAGCAGAGUGAAAUGACCAGAAAGCUAGUGAUAUGUCUGGAUGUGAUAUCUAACAACAAUGACGACUGGAGGGGCCUGGCGGAGAAGAUGGGACUUCAGUUUGACAAGAUUCGCUGGAUUGAAGAACAACGCGAUCGCAGUCCUACAGAACUGCUGUUGUGUAUAUGGAAAGACAAGGGAAAACCUAUAGAGGAACUGCGAAACGUCUUGGCGGAAAUGGGUAGACAGGACGCAGUUUCUGUAAUUGACAAGUGUAUGGACAUUGACAAUAAAUGAUAUUACAACUGUAAAUCCAUUUCAAACGACUUUUUCACAAGUACAUUCAUACCGAUAUGUGAUAUUCAGUUACAGGUUAAGUUGUAAGAACACGCACACGCACGGAGUACAAUAGUUAUUGCACAUUGUAAAACACUACCGUACUAGUCUAUUUGAAUGUCCGUUUUUCCUGCACAUGUCGUUGAUGAAAGGAGACGUAACUUUGUACACAGGAAUAUUUUUCUGAACAGAAUGGAUCUCUACUGGCCUCAGACACAUAAUGUCAGUAAAGCUUAAAUAAAAUUUUGUUUGUUUCCCCUUUUCGACCGACCCGGUAAUAAUUACCCGAAUCAGAAACAAAUAUUUCUGUUUACAAGUGUUCUUCAAGAUUGUCCCCUUAAUUUCGAAACCAAGACAUCUGACCAAUAUAUAGGGCUAUUAUAGUCAUUGUACCUGCUGCCCAGUCCUAUUUAUGUAUUUACUAUGUAUGUACAUGGAUAGAAUACUGUUAAAACCAUUAAUAAACUUAUAGUGGUUUUUUAAUUGAAUGUAUUUAAUUUUACAUCGUCUAUCCCCUGAAAUAAAACAGAGAGCGAGAUUAA